AUUAAAGGGUCGCGGCCUUAGGAAGGUUGAGAACCACUGUUCUAAGGGCUCAAGGCUGACUUUCUUGAAUGAAAACUCACAGCAGUGUUUAGGAGGCUAGAUGUCCCUCUGUUUAAAUUGUUCUCAGGUACCAACAAGCAGUCCUUGGGGCCGGAGGCAGGAUGGAAACUUUCCUCAGAUAAAUAAAAAGUGAUAAAUGCAUGUGGGUUUCUAUUAGCAAGGACAGUGAUGUCUUCUCUCAGGUUGCAAUACAAUUUUGUUUUCCAAGAGAACAUACAUAGUUUGAUACUAGACAGUAAAGUCUUUAAACUAGAAUUGAGGGCAGGACUAUGUCUUCUCAACUCUGUCCCCUAUUGUUCCUACCACCUGGUAUCCACCCACACUGCCUCCAGCCCAGUGCCUGGCACGAGGUAGGUGCUUCGUAAAUCCUUGAUGAACUCAGGAAUCGUGGGGUGAUGGGAGCACCACAGGCUCCAAGUCAGAAGGUCAGGCUUGGAAUCUUGGGUCCACCGUUUUCUAACCCUGAGCUACUUAGGACGUAGAGCACAUCCUGUCUCGGAGCCUCUGCUCCUCUCUCCAGCUGAUCACCAGGAUUCUUGGGAGAGCUAAAGAAACUAAAGGGGCGGCAUCAUGAUUGCUUACAUCCUUUGCAUCAUUCAUUUAACCUGCUUUAUCAAACACUAAGUGGCAGGCCCUGUGUUAGGCAACAUGGUGAACAGAACAGAUGUGGUCCUUUGCCUUUGUGGAGUUUACUGGGUAAUGGGGGGAGACAAAGAGAGGAAGUUAGUAAGUGAAUAAAUAAGGUUGAUAAUUUCAGAUGGUGAUUAUCCCAGGAUGAGUGGAUGAAGAAGGACUGGGAAGGUGGGAGUUACUGAGCUGGGGUUGUCAGGGACGGCUGCUAUUUGAGCUGAAGCCUGGAUGAGAGAGCCAGCUAUGGGAAGAGUCAGAGGAAGAAGAUGCAAAAGGAACAUGUGCCACGGUCCUGAGAUAGAAAGGAGCUUGUAUUUGAGGAGCAGACAGGUCAUGUGGGUGGAACUUGAGGGAAGGGAAAGACUGCCAUGUAGAGCCUUUGACCUUGGUCAGGGGGUCAAAUGCCAUUUCCCACUGCUAGGAGCCUCUUUCACUCAGACAGCAGGUAUUUCUAAAGCACAUGCCCUGCUCCCUGCACCCAUGGUGCUGUGAUCAGGAAAGGCAGGACAGGUGAGUGUGAAAAUGCAUAUCCUGUGAGAUUUGUCCCACUCUGAUCUUACCUUCCUGAGAAAGCUUGGCAUCUUGGGGGGUAUAGCACCUUCAGACACAGGAAUGGCUGCUUGUCUAUCAGGGACUUCUUUUAAGCCAGCAUACUGAUUACAUACAAUCCUCCCACCAACUCUGGACUCUGGGUACUAUUAUCAACCCCUUUCUUCAGAUGAGAAAACGGAAGCCCAGAGAGGUUGAAUAAUUUGCCAAAGUAACCUAGAAAAGCAGACCCAGGAUUCACACCCAGGAAGCCUUGCUUCGGAAUCUGUUUGUCACCCCUGUGCCAUGUUGCCCGCCCCUGGCCCUGGCAAUAUCCUUCAAUAAAUCCAAUUUACUCCCAGCAUUGUAGCAUGAAGAAUAUUGCUGGAUCUGUAAAUGUGCUACUAAUGGGUGGCCAAGCAGACAGCAAGAGCGUAUAAAUUGUGUGUAUCUCAGCUCAGAACGUUUUAUCCUCUCCCAGCAGAACUGUAAACUGCUCUUAAGGUAAAGGGGAAUGUGGGCCAUCACAGGCAGAUAUAAGCACUCUCCAGGGGCCAGCAGCCAGCGUGGUCUCUUUUUAAAAUUGCAAAUAGGAUCAUGUCCCACUUCUCCUAGCUUUGAACUCUUCAGGCAGGUGCUUCACAUGGCUCUUGGAAUAAAUAUAAAAUUCUUAACGUGCCUUUUGAGGCCUUGGGGAAUGGGAUGCCGCAUUUGCCUGCAGCUUCAUCUCCCCUCCUCUCACUGCUGCAGCCGCACCGUAGGCGUCCUUCUGUUCAUAGCCAAGCUCUUUCCUUCCUGCCUCAGGAAAGCAGGGUGUGGUGUUACAGGCAUGGACUUUGGAACCAGACUGCCAGGUCUCUCAUCUCAGAUCUGUUUCUGAAUAGUUUUGUAACUUUCAACAAGUUUCUUAGUGUCUCUAAGUCUCGGUUUUUACAUCUGUAAGAUGGGGAUAACAGUAAUAUCUAUCUCUGAGGGUUGUUUGAGAAGACAAAAUGUGUUAGUACAGAUAGGUCCCUGGCACGCAGUCAGCACUGAUAGUGUUAGCUCAGGGCCUUUCUCCCUUCCGACACCUCUGCUGUGACACCCUUCGUCCACCUCUUUGCCUGGCACACUCCUCAUCUUUUGUGUCUGUCACGGCCUCAGGAGGAUUUUUUAACACUACUCCUCCCACAAAACCAGGUUAUGUGCCCCUAAUACUUUUCAUUUGUGAGCUCACCUGGGAGCAUGUAGUACGUGUUCAGUAAAUGUGCUGAAUGAAUGAGCAAAAUGGGGCCCAGGACUGGUGGUGCCCACUGUACCUUGGGCCAGUUCUGUGUUUUGUUUUGCCACAGCUGAUAUGUGGACCAUUGCAAGGGAUGACCUGCUUCUCGUUCUUCCCCUUCCAGAACACUCCGCUGGUCCAGGUGGGCAACAUGUUAGUGCUUCUAGCCAUGUCCCUGCCUCUAACCCAGAGGCCAUGGAGGAGAUAAGGUAGCCCCUCAUCCCUGGAUCUGAUGGGGAAGCCCAGUUCAAUGGAUACAAAAUAUAAGGAUGACUUAUUUCGGAAGUAUGUGCAGUUCCAUGAGGGCAAAGUGGACGCCACCCCCAGCAAGCAGCGGCCUGGCAAUGAUGAGUACCUGCGGGUGGCAGCCUCGACCUUGCUCAGUCUGCACAAGGUGGAUCCCUUUUAUCGAUUCCGGCUGAUCCAGUUCUAUGAGGUGGUGGAGAGCUCCUUGCGUGCGCUGAGCUCCUCCAGCCUGCGGGCUUUGCACUGCGCCUUCAGUGUGCUGGAAACGGUGGGUGUCAACCUCUUUCUCUACCCAUGGAAGAAGGAAUUCAGAAGCAUUAAGACCUACACGGGCCCCUUCGUUUAUUAUGUCAAGUCCACGUUACUGGAAGAGGACAUCCGAACCAUCCUGAAUUACAUGGGCUACGUGCCUGAGUUGGGGACUGUGUACAAGCUCACAGAAUUGGUGGAGACCCUGCAGGUGAAGAUGGUCUCCUUUGAACUCUUUCUGGCCAAGGUGGAGUGUGAGCAGAUGCUGGAAAUCCACUCCCAAGUCAAGGACAAAGGCUACUCCGAGCUGGACGUGGUAAAUGAGCGCAAGAGCAGUGCAGAGGAUGUGCGGGGCUGCUCCAACGCCCUGCGGCGGCGGGCUGAGGCCCGGGAGCACCUGCCUGCUUCAGUGGCUCGAGUGGCACUCCAGAAGUCGGCCAGCGAGCGGGGGGCCAAGGACUACUACAAGCCGCGUGUGACCAAACUCUCGAGGUCAGUGGAUGCCUACGACAGCUACUGGGAGAGUCAGAGCCGGAAGCCGCCCCUGAAGACCUCGUUGAGCCUGCGGAAGGAGCCUGUAGCGGCAGAGGUAGGGGAUGACCUCAAGGAUGAGAUCAUCCGCCCAUCCCCCUCGCUCCUGACCAUGUCCAGCUCCCCCCAUGGCAGUCCUGAUGACCUUCCAUCCUCCUCCCCCAGCAAUGGCCUUGGCCUGCUGCGUGGCACGUACUUCUCUGCUCAGGAUGACGUGGAUCUCUACACAGACUCAGAACCUAGGGCUGCAUACCGGAGGCAGGAUGCCCUGCGACCAGAUGUGUGGCUGGUCAGAAACGAUGCCCACCCUCUCUACCAUAAGCACUCGCCCCCCACCAAAGAGUCCGCCCUAUCCAAGUGCCAAAACUGCGGCCUGUCCUGUAGCUCCUCCCUCUGCCAGCGCUGUGGCAGCCUGCUCCCCUGUCCCCCAGCCUCCAAGCCCAGCACCUUCCCCAGCAAGUCCUCCACCCAUGACAGCCUGGCCCAUGGGUCAUCUCUGAGGGAGAAGUAUGCGGGCCAGACUCAGCUGGUGCACCUCCACUCAAAAUCCAAGUCCUCCACCACAGCCACCUCCCGCUGUGGCUUCUGUAAUCGCCCAGGUGCCACCAACACCUGCACUCAAUGUUCAAAAGUUUCCUGUGAUGCCUGCCUCAACGCCUACCAUUAUGACCCCUGCUGCAAAAAGAGUGAGCUGCACAAGUUCAUGCCCAACAACCAGCUGAACUACAAGUCGACCCAGUUCUCCCAUCUCGUGUAUAGAUAAACUGGGCCUUGCACCUCCCUGCUACAAGGGCUACACCACUGAUCUUUCUGGUUUCAUGGGGAAGAUGUGUUCAUGCAUUGAUCUGGGAAGCAGAGAACCGCACUUGACCAUGUAGGUGCCGGGGAUAUGGGUCAGCUGCACCAUGUAGGAGUUCACUUAGUGACUAACAUAUUUCAGCUGAUGGCUGCUUUGUCGCCUGACAAGGGAGAGGGUGGCACUUCCAUUUAGAUUCAUUUUUGCUAAUCUCUUUAUCCCCUCCCAUUUUUUUUUUUUUUUUAAAAGAGGAUUUCUAUCCCAGGGACUCUUGCCACAUCUACCCUUCCCACCACAAAGCCAACUUGGACUGGGAAGGGCCCUCCAGGUCACUUCCUGGAAUGGUGAGCUAGAGGCCUGUUGGCUUGUGAAAUGAGCCCUCCUGCCACACUGGGCCUCUUCCAAUGGCUCAUCCCCUUUGCCACCCCCUCCCCAAAUACAGUAUUAGCUGAAUGUCAUCCUGUGGCCACCACAACUCACUUCAGCCCAUGGCGUUUGUGAACUUUGCUCCAACACAUUGAAGUGUGGACCUUCAACAGCAGGACUGACUCCCCCUUUCUGUUGUUUGCACAUGCCCCUCUUACUGUACUGUAAAUAGGUAAUUUUGGAAGUUUAUUUUUAAAUAAAUAAUCAACUUGCUGUGCGUUUCAAAGUGGUUAAAAUAUUAUGUAGCUAUUUAUAAAAAUGCCCGGGUUCUUUAGUCUUCCAAGGGAGUGUCUCAUGCCCUUCUGUGAUGUGUCCUCCACUCACUGCAGUGAAGGUAGAGCAGAGAGUGUGGGGGCAGAUGAGGCACAGAGACAGUAUCCCUGAGUCGUCAGUGGAGCACCACUGUCUUCCCUACAAUAAAUCUCUAUACACCUACCUCCAGUGUGCACUUCGGGGGUUAGGGCGGGCCAGGAGGUCGGUGUACCUGCAGACUGUGAUACCUAGUGACGAGUCAGGAACCUCACCUGCGGAUCUACAGCCUGGUCUUUGCCACUUGCCGAGUGUGAACCUUGCACUCCAAACUUCUUCAGUCUUGCUUCAGAAGGAAACUCAUUUGGGAUUCCCAUCACCCCUCCAUCUCAGUCCUCUUCUCUUCAUCUGUUUCCAGGACUCUGCAACAUUUGCGAUCUUUUUGCACUAAAAGUGGGCAGGCGUUGGCGUGCACCCAUCAGACAGGUGUCUCCGGAGAUUCUCAGCUGAGCCUAAGCACUUGCAAACCCGAAGGCCCCUUAAACUCCUCAUGUGAAUCACUGACCCCUGGAUGUUCCUUUUGGGGUGCAGAGCAGGAGUGGGGCAAGAGUUUGAAAAUAAAACUGGUUCCUUGUGAAAUAAUAAUAUAUUCUAGCCAUAAAUGUUUGUGAUGUACAGAAUGUUAUAGGAAUUUACAUUCAGUGGGUUUUCUGGUGGAAGGAGGUAUUCAGCUCUUGAACAAAUUUAAAUCUGGCUGAAUCCUGAGGCCACUGUGAAUUUGCUGGUGUUCUUCCAACUCAGUUGAGUGAUUUUAAGGUUUUUCAAAUCUUCUAUGGCUUUUUUAUAUAUCUAGUAGAUCAGAUGUAGAUAUUCAAUGUGUAUGUAAAGCUGAAUUUCAACCAACUUUAUUACUAAGACCACCCCUUUCUGGGGCAUUCAUCUUUGAUGUUCUUCCUUUCCACAUUUCAGAAGUGUUAAUGCCUGUCCCACUCCUGAGAGCUCUAGUUUUCCAUUUCCAGGUCACUCCAGCACUACAGUAACUUAACCAGCCGUGAUGCCACGUAACUUAUGCAGUGGACAAAAGCAGGAAUGGCUAACUUGUUCUCAGAGAGAAAGUCCAGUAUUCGUAUCAUCACGGAAAUACUGUGUUCGUGGACUGGAACAGGAACUGCUCUGACCAUGCUCCUCCUUGGUGUGUGUCUUACUGUAUGAAGUUUCUGUGAGUGAGAAAGUUAAAUAUAUGCUAAUUUAAAAAUGCAGAUGUUUUGCAUUUGAUUUCUACCAAGAGUUGAAAUGUUGAGAGAUGAUUUAAAAAAAAUAAUAAAGUGUCUUCCAUUAUUAAA